AUGACGUACACCAGCGAAACUUUUUUGAGCACGAAAAGUUUUUUAAGUCUCACCAGAGAGCAAAGGAAAUGCAGGAAAUACGACGAGGCCGAGGACCUUCCAAACAGUCCCCUUUACAGCAAAAAGCUCUGCAAGAUCGAAUGCCGAAUGAGGUUAUGUCUCAAGUAUUGCGGUUGUUUGCCCUAUUACUACAGAAACUUUAAUGGAGAGAAAAUUUGUAAUUUGACAGAGUUGUACUGUCUUUCGCAAUAUGAAGACGAAUUAGUGACUCUAAGAAAGGGAGAGAAGUCGUUAUGUAACUGUGAUAAUGUCUGCGAAAGUACAUUAUACAACGUAUACACUGCCUAUUGCACGGAGUGGUUGGGAGAAUCGAACCUUGUAAUAAGGUUAUCUCAAUUCCCAAUUAUACGCUACAAAGGCAACCUCAAAUUGGUGGGAUAA